AUGAUGCGUGCUUCGUUUGUUCGUAAGGCGGCAUCUGCAGUCGCUUGCGGAGCUACGACCGCCACCCCUAGCGAUCUCAAAAUGACGUCGCUGCACAAGCUUCUCACUGGUGAGGUGCAAUUCCGCAACAAUGCCCCGCUGAAGGUCUGCAAUAUUGAGCACAACUUCGGUCCCAACUGGAAGUCAGAGAUUGAGGACUACGCGGCGUCCUUGCCGACAGACCAGAAGAACUUUCUGAAGCGCCAGGUCCAGCGCGUCUGGCUGACGCGCUACACAUCUCGCGAGCUUGCGGAGUACUGCGGCGAGGGCCCAGAGCACUUGGACGCGGUCGCGCGUGACGCCAACAUUGCGCAGGCCAAGGCGUACGCGCAGAAAAAUGGCGCCGACCAGCUGGAAGCCUAUGUGAAUGCCGAAGCAAAAAAUGCCGGCUGGUCCGAUGCUGAGGCGAAGAGAUUCUUGGAUGCUGUAAAGGCAACCCACUAA